CGGGAAGGGGGCGACAUGGAGGGCAGCCUGGGCCGGGCGGUGUGCAUCCUAACCGGGGCUUCGCGGGGCUUCGGCCGCAGCCUGGUACCGCUGCUGGCUUCGCGGCUGGCGGCCGGCUCCGUACUGGUGCUGAGCGCCCGCAACGACGGCGCCCUGCGGGAGCUGGCCGCCAAGCUGGGGCCGCUGUGGCCGGGCCUCCGGGUGCGGUGCGUGCCGGCCGACCUGGGCAACGAGGCCGGGCUGCAGGGGCUGCUGGAGACGCUGCGGAAGCAGCCCAGACCCCCAGACCUGCAGCGGCUGCUACUUAUCAAUAACGCCGGUUCCCUGGGUGAUCCCUCCAAAGGCAUCAUAGAUCUCACCGAUCCGGCAGAAGUCAAUGAUUAUUGGAUGCUGAAUGUCACUUCUGCACUCUGCCUGACUUCGGGUGUCCUGAGGACCUUUCCUCCGAGUUCCAACCUGGGCAGAAUUGUUGUCAAUAUCUCCUCCCAGUUUGCUCUGAAGCCCACCAAGAGCUGGGCUUUGUACUGUAUGGGAAAAGCCGCUCGUGACAUGUUGUUCAAAGUCUUAGCAGCUGAGGAGCCUGAUGUUAGAGUGCUGAGCUAUGCCCCAGGUCCUCUGGACACAGAUAUGCGUCAGACUGCCAAGGCGUACACAAAGGAUCCUGAAACCCGCCAGAUGUUACAUCAGCUGUCCCAGAGUGGGGGUCUAGUGGAUUGCACUGUGUCUGGCCAGAAACUGAUGGAGCUAUUGCAAGCAAACACCUUUAAGUCUGGGGCCCAUAUUGAUUUCUUCGAUAAAUAAGUUACUUGUGUUCUCUACUCCUUUCCGCUACCCCAACCAACUCCAUACUCUUUUGUAUUUGAUAAUUUUAUCAUAAAAUAUUAAAGCACUGUUUAUUUUCCUUGGGCUAAAUAUCUGGCCCUUAAUGAGGACAGCAGCCAUUCAUUAAAUAAACACAUCCAUUAUAGAUUUAAAGCUGAAAGAAAUCUCACAGAUAGCUGGACUAAGCCCCUUAUUUUACAGAUGAGGACCCAGAGAGGGCAAAUGUUGACAUGUAGCGACCGGCAAAGCUAGUUCAAUUUUGACUCCAAAAUUUAGCACAUCGUGGACUGCAGCAAGAACCACAGAAUUUUGCAGCUGGUGGGGAUCUCAGAGAUCCAAUAGAUGCCUGACCAUAAAUUCCCUUCACAGUGAAAAAGAACCUAUCACUUGCCAAAGCAGCCUGUUCUAUUCUUUGGUAGUUCUUGUCAUGAGGAGUUUUUCCUGACAUUAAGCUUAAAUGCGCCUCUUGGCAGCAUCCAGGUGAUCCCCCACCAUUUUUCCUCUUCUGCUGCCUGGGGCCGAGCCAAACCCAUUUGAGCAUCCAGGAUGGCAGACUCUCCCUGCCAAAGUAGUAUUUCUUAGUUGGUAUCACAUCCAGGAAAUAGAUAAAAUCACCAAGCUAACCAUCCUUCAUUCCUCCCUUAGUUCUGCUUCUGACUCUCUGGACUUCCGCUAGCUCUUGCCUGGAUUUCCCUUCCCCUUUUAUUAAGUAAGUUUAUAAAGUAGCUAAUAAAAAAGUAACAAUAGCAGGGAGAUUGCAAAGGGGAAUCUAGAAGUUCUUUACAGAUCGUCUCAUAAAGGGAGCACAAAGGUUUCUUGCAAAGUGUCUCUCAUAAAUGAACCAUCCUGAGAUUAUAUUCUAAAAAAAAGGAAAGCCUUCUGAACUUUGUUGUGAGGACUUUUGAUUCUGUUAAUUGUCUCGGUCUGUAACUCUCAGAGAAGUUCUGAAUGUCCAUAGUAAGAUCAUCAGAAGAGCAAAUGCUCAUGAUGAACUUUAAACUGAUGUAGAUAUGAUAGUAAACCCAAGGUGACACAGAUAACAAUGUCUCCCACCAAAUUUCUAUUAAAAUGAGACCCCCAAACUCUUGUCUCUUAGCACUUUUCCAUCUCCUAAGGGUCCAUGCUGCUUGAAUACUCCCGACUUCAAUCCAUGCUUAUGUGACUCUUCCCCUACCCAUUCUCUUCUCCAUGCUGCUUAACCUCUUUCACCGCCCCAUUCCUGUCCCCAUGCCAUCUGCAUCUGUACCCCCUUCCCUCACUGUUUGUCUCUGUACUUUCUGCUGUUUGCCCAUGUACCCUCUGUGCCUUAUUAAAAUGUGAUUGAAAUAUU